AUGUUUUCUAGAGAGGAACGUGUGGUUUUGGAGCAGGACGGCGUGCAUAUUGGAGGUUGGUCCGUUCGAAAUCUUCUCGUACCAUCUAAGAAGGAUGGCCAAAAAGAAUCGAGUGAGGAUCGCGUCCAGGCCGUCAACGGCCUCGUGCCGGACUGGUCGCAGGGAGAAGAACGCGCGCUCGUGAGAAAGCUGGAUAUACGGAUCCUUGCACCCUGCUUCGUCAUCUACGUGCUCGCUUAUCUGGAUCGAGGAAACAUCGGUUCUGUCAAGGUCCUGCAAAUAGGCAAGCCCGACUCCAUCGAGCGCAGUCUGCACAUGAAAGGCACAGAAUUCAACUGGGUUAGCCAAUAUCCUCAGGACCAGAUCGGCGAUCUCAGGAACCUACUUUCUUAUGACGAUUUUCUUAUUGCCAUCAAUCCUGCUGUUAAAGAGGACGUCAGCCAAGGUUUAUUUUCCUGUCGUCAUGAUAGGUUGUGA